GCGGGGGCGGGACCAGCCGAGGCCCAGAGUUACGCGCCCGCCCCCCCGGAGUGACAGAAGCGCCCGGGCACCGGAGCUCGCGCCGGGGUCGGAGUCGUCGCUCGGGUGUCGCUCCCCACCCCCGCUCCGGCCCCUCCGGUGUUAUGCGGCGGCCCUGAGGGGCGAGCGCAGCCCGGCAGGACCCGGCGCGGCCCUGAGGGGCGACGGGGUCUCGCUGAGCCUCGCCGGCCAAACCCAUGACUACGGCAAACUGCGGCGCCACCGACGAGUUCGACUUCAGGCUGAUCUUCGGCGAGGACGGGCAGCCCGGCCCCGGGCCGCCGCUGGGGCCCGCAGAUCUUGAGUCAGAUGACUGUGCAUCCAUAUACAUCUUUAAUGUAGACCAACCAUCAUCCUCUGUGAAUCAGCCUAUUUGUAUUCCUCGCCAUGGACUGCAAUCUCACUCCUCCCCUCUGACACCUCCUACAAGACUUCAGAGCCAUAAGAACUAUGAAGGCACAUGUGAGGUACCAGAAUCCAAAUACAGUCCACUAGGUGGACCCAAACCCUUCGAGUGCCCCAGUAUUCAAAUUACAUCAAUUUCACCCAACUGUCAUCAGGGGAUCGAAGCCAGUGAAGAUGAAUUACAUACAAAUGGCACAGAAAAUGACUAUAUGGAAAGACCUUCACGGGACCAUCUCUAUCUUCCUCUUGAGCCAUCAUACAGGGAAUCAUCCCUUAGUCCAAGCCCUGCCAGCAGCAUUUCAUCCAGAAGUUGGUUUUCAGAUGCUUCCUCUUGUGAAUCCAUUUCCCACGUUUAUGAUGAUGUAGACUCAGAGCUAAAUGAAGCAGCUGCUCGAUUUACCCUUGGCUCUCCUUUGGCAUCACCUGGCGGUUCUCCAAGAGGUCCCAGUGAUGAGUCAUGGCAGCAACCUUAUGGAUUUGGGCAUGCCUUGUCACCUAGACAGUCUCCCUGUCAUUCUCCUAGAACUAGUAUUACAGAUGAAAAUUGGCUAAGCCCUAGACCAACAUCAAGGCCCUCAUCAAGACCUACAUCCCCUUGUGGGAAACGACGACACUCCAGUGCUGAGAUUUGCUAUGCUGGUUCUCUCUCUCCUCACCAUUCUCCAACUCCAUCACCUGGCCAUUCUCCCAGGGGAAGCAUAACAGAAGACACGUGGCUUAACACUUCCAUCCAUAAUGUACAAGGCCUUAAUUCUGGCCUUUCACCAUUUCAGUGUUGUACAGAGACUGAUAUUCCUCUUAAAACAAGAAAGACCUCAGAGGAUCAGACUGCCACUUUAUCUGGAAAAGUAGAUAUCUGUCCUGAAGAGCAGGGAAACUUGUCAUCAUCCCUCGAAACUGUAGUAGAUGACUGCCCUGGAUCUCAGCACACCUUGAAAAAAGACUUGCCUGGAGACCAAUUUCUUUCUGUUCCUUCACACUUUACUUGGAACAAACCAAAGCCUGGUCAUACUCCUAUAUUUCGCACAUCUUCCUUGCCACCUCUUGACUGGCCUUUACCAAGUCAUUAUGGGCAGUGUGAACUGAAAAUAGAAGUCCAGCCUAAAACUCAUCACAGAGCUCACUAUGAAACAGAAGGAAGCCGAGGAGCAGUAAAAGCGUCUACUGGAGGACACCCUGUAGUGAAGCUCCUGGGCUACAGUGAAAAGCCUGUGAACCUCCAAAUGUUCAUUGGGACAGCGGAUGAUCGAUACCUACGGCCUCACGCCUUCUACCAGGUGCACCGAAUCACUGGGAAAACAGUUGCGACAGCCAGUCAAGAGAUAAUCAUUGCCAGCACCAAAGUUUUGGAAAUUCCACUUCUUCCUGAAAAUAAUAUGUCAGCCAGUAUCGAUUGUGCUGGUAUUUUGAAGCUUCGCAAUUCAGACAUAGAGCUCCGUAAAGGAGAGACAGAUAUUGGAAGGAAGAACACCAGAGUGCGACUUGUGUUCCGUGUUCACAUCCCACAGCCUAGUGGAAAAGUCUUAUCUCUGCAGACUGCUUCCAUCCCUGUUGAAUGCUCUCAGCGAUCUGCUCAAGAACUUCCUCAGAUUGAGAAGUACAGCAUCAAUAGCUGCUCGGUAAAUGGAGGUCAUGAAAUGGUGGUGACAGGAUCCAAUUUUCUUGCAGAAUCCAAAAUUAUAUUUUUUGAAAAAGGACAAGAUGGACGACCUCAGUGGGAGGUAGAAGGGAUAAUAAUUAGGGAAAAGUGUCAAGGGGCAAACAUCGUACUUGAAGUUCCUCCAUACCAUAACAAAACCAUUACAGCUGCAGUUCAGGUGCAGUUUUAUCUCUGCAAUGGCAAGAGGAAGAAAAGUCAGUCUCAACGUUUUACUUAUACACCAGUUAUAAUGAAGCAAGAGCACAGAGAUGAGGUGGAUCUGUCUGCUGUUCCAUCUCUGGCCCUGCCACACACAAGCAAUGUCCAGGGCCUGCAUUCAAUCCGAACUCAGCUGCCUUCACCAGAGCAAGGGCACCCACAUGACAAUUUCCUGUCUACAUCACCCAGAAGCCUUGUGUGUCCCGUUCAACCACCAUAUACAGCAAUGGUGACCUCAGCAGUGUCCCACCUGCCACAUAUGCAAGGUAGAAACCUUAGUCCAAGUGAAGAGUGUCAUGUUUUGCCUCCUGCUGUGGUUCAGUCUUUUCAGGUAACAUCAGCACCUCCUGUGAGGCCUUCUUACCCGCCUAUGCAGUCUAAUAAUGUGUACAAUGGACAGUCUGGUCUUCCUAUGAACUCUGUCUCCAGCCAAGGAUUUGAUGCUAUUUCAUUUCCGCAAGACACAGCUGUACCUCAUUUGAUAAAUCUUGACUGCCAAACUCUACCACCAGUGCAGUUUCAUUCUUCAAAUCCAGGUUCUGUGUCAACAUCAAGUACAGCAGGGCACCCACUGGCACAUCCAGCUCAUUCCGGAGAGCCGUCUGCUCACCUGCCAUCAAUGGGAUACCACUGCCCAAGCACUGGGCAGGGCUCCAUCCCUUCUGCAAUGGGUUGCUCCCUUGGGCAGUCUUCUCCCCAGCUGCAGCAAGUCCCAUACCAUUCUACAAAUCCGGCAUCUGCUUCAUCCCCAUCCCCAACAGCUUCCCACCCGCUGGUCCACUCACCGCUGUCUGGACCUUCCUCCCCCCAGCUACAGCCUGUGCCCUACCAGUCUCCGAGCUCGGGACCCACCUCAUCCCCCCCACCCCCAAGUCACUCAGACCAGCACUCUCCCCAGGCCCCCAGCCCUGCCCUGGGGGCUCUCAGCGCUGUGUCACCCCUCAGGCACCACUCCGUGUGCGACUCAUCUCCGUUUGCACCCGAUGGGGCAGCUAUUAACAUUAAACCUGAACCUGAGGAUAGAGAGCUGAAUUUUCAAACCAUAGGACUACAAGACAUCACACUAGAUGAUGACAGUUUUAUCUCUGACCUGGAAUACCAGCCAUCAGGUUCAACAGAGAAAUGGACUCAACAUUCAGCAUUCAUGUCCAACUCCUAUGUGGAAAAUCUAGAGGAAAAAUUGAUAACAAAAGAAGAUGUGGUUACUGCAGCUUCAGAAAUGCAAGGAUUCAGAAAACUGGCCCAUCAAACAGUGAAUGAGAUCAUAGGAAGAGAUAUGUCACAGAUCUCAGUGUCACAUGGAACAGCAGUGGCCAGCCAGCCUGCACGUACAUGUCCUGGAUCUCUGGAGACAAGAAUAUCUGAUGGAAUCCAGUAAUGGAUAAGCUAACGACUAAACACCCAUGAAAACUUCACCGUUUCUCUGAAUAUUUCUUCAUCCUCUUCCUCUUUAGACUUACUGUGCUUCCAACUCUGUGGCCUUUAUGAACUGGAACAGUGGAUCCUUGCAAAACCCUUUUAGUGGGUUACAUUUUUGAUGUAGAGACAGAGCAUUUUAACUAUAGUUCCUCAGAUGCUGUAAAGAGACUUCUUAAAAUGGACACACAGAAUCUACACCAGAUAUUUUAACUGUUUUAAAGUUACAAACAAGCUUUGCUGUUUGCAUUUAAAUAGAAUACUUUUAUAUUCUAAAAGUGCUUCAGAUGUGUGGAGAUGUUAGUUUGCUCUUAUAAUAUUCACAGUACUGAAUGUGGAAAAAGAUUGAAUGCACAUCUGCAGUGUGCUGCUUUCCCUUAGAGAUAGUAGAGUUUGUAACUGAUGAUUUGUAACACCUUUUGGUCAUUUUGGAAAGCCUUUAAAGCUUCUAUUGUCAAUUUUUUUUUAGUAAGAUCUUCCAGUGGCAAAUCAUACCUGUCAUCUGAAGCCAAUGCCAUGGAAGAGCCAUUAUGUAUAUGAAUAUCGUAGUGUUUUCUUUCUUAGAUUCAUAGGAAGCAAAGCCAAAUGUAGAUCUGCACUUGUUUAUAAACUGAAAAUGUUACUUGAUAGGCUGCAAAAAGACCAUUCCAUCAUGAAAGUGUUGGGAUAGAAAUUACAUUCCAAAAUUUAACUUUUAUAACUUUGUGGAUAAUCUUCCUGAUCUUUAUUAGCACAGGCUCCUUCUUGAAAUAGCAUUUUUCUUAGAAAGUUGCAUUUUUAAUCAAAUUUGAGCAGUAGGAUUUUAGAUUAAAGAACAGCAACAUCAAAGCCAUGUUAGAUAACAGAAGAAUAUUUUAUAUUUGCUGAGGAUCUAAAUGUUCCCUGCAGAAUAUGAUUUUGAAAUCAUCAGUUCAGUGGCAUUCAAGUUUUUGAUGCAAUAAAUCAUUUGAUCACAUCUGUACAUUUUAUAUGCUGUAUGCCUGAUCAUGCCACUUGGAAGUCCUAAGGAGAUGACAAUUACAGUUCCUUAAAUUUAGGCUGCUUAUAAAUGUCAGUUUGCUCAAAAAUAAUUUACUGUGAAUUAGUGGUUAGGUAGUGUAAUGUGUCCAUGUUGAAUUGUGAAGGUGUGAAGCAGAAGCUACCAAAGAAAUCCACAAGAUCCGCCACGGCAGCAGUGAACUCUGCCCUGUGCUCCAAGAAUGCAUCUCCCUUACCCACAUGAUCCGAUAAAUUGGAAACAAUCGGUUUACAUACUUAUUUCAAAAUCUCAUGCCUUUACAAUUAGACACCUUGGAGAGGAUCUGAAACUGCCUGUGUCACACGCAUUUCCCUGCCUCCAAAGGCACUCAUUUACAGAGCUUUCCUCCAUGGAACACACAGGGUACAACAGUCAUAGCAAAGGAAGACUGGAAAUAAUAUGGAACAUCAGAACAUCCACGACAUUCAGUUUAGUUCCUCAUUGGGGUGAGCCAUGAUGCUUUAACAAAAAUUGAGUGAAUUAACUCAAAGAAUUAGAAAAUUAAAAAGUAUAUCUGCAUUGGAUCCAGUUCAGACAACUGUGGACAAUUUAGCAGUUGAACACAUGGUGAGCACAUGCCCCUCUCUGUAGACUUAGAGUGGUCUGACAGGAAAAAGCAGUGCUGAGUUAUAAUUCCUGGAGGAAUUCUACUGACGUUGCAUUUUGGCAAACAGUCAUGGGGAAAACAUUACAUGAAUUGAAGUCAGUGCCCAAGCAAUACCAUUACAAUUGCUAUAAUCACAUCUCUGUAAUAGCUGAAUCAUGAACUUUUAAAAAGGACAUACGUUGAGCAGGUGAAAUUAUAAUUUCAUCACGUAACUUCCUUUUAAGAGUGCAGCCUGAGGCUACUAUCUCGAUGUUUCAUAAUUAUUUCAAACAACUUAGUGCAAGGCCACCAUGUACCUGCUGGGAAUUGUUAAGCAUCCGUUUUGUGAAUGUACUGUUCAGUGGUACAAAUCUUGAAAUUUGCAGAAAAAAAUUGGCAGAGCUGGAAUGUGAAAAGUGUGAUAUUGUAAUUGUCCUCAGCAGUGGUGCUUUACUUUGUCCUCUACUCACGUUAAAGAUCCUACAAAGGACUCAUAUGCUCAGAAAUACAUCUACUUGUGUUUUUAACACCUUAAUAACAAAAGAAACCACACAACACUGUAAACUGUGUAAUCUGUCUUCAGAGUGUGUGCUGGUGGCAAGGCACGUUCCAGUUUUCAUUCAUGUGUUGGGUCUUUUGCAUUAACCAUUGUUUGUAGGAGAAUUCUGACUUAAAAGCUUUUCAUGCUAGAUGGGAUUUAUGCUCCUUUAUCCUGCUGGUACAGACUCUCCUUGCAAGUUCUCCAAGUAGCUGGAAUUCACACUGUACCUAAAAUACAGGAGCCCAAACAAUCCGGAGUUGCUAUGCACUAAAUUUUCUGAUGCCUUUAAAUACCUUGAUGCCUGUAGACAUAGAGAUGCUUUCCUAUUUAAAAAUGAAAUUUAAAAAAAUAGUUUUGGAUACUAAAGCAGUUUUGUAUUUGCCUUGUAAAAGCUUCAGUACAAGGGUCUUAAUUUUAUUUUAGCUUGUGUGAUAACCUAGGUAAAGACUGUUAAUCUUGUAUAAUUUUAGUGAUAUAAAAAGCACACAAUCUCUAUUCGACUAUGCAAAUUUAAUUAAACAGCAGAACCCGGUAACUGUUGAUAUUUUGUUGGCAUCCACUUCCUUGCCCUUAAGUCCUGUAUUCUCCCUGAGUAGUUUUCCAAAAAUUUUAAAUAAUUUAGAUUAUCCUGAAGGAAAGCCUUAAUGAUGAGGUAGCUUUUCUAUAAAGAGGGUCAAAGGUCAAUGUUAAAAAAAAUUAAGGGGUAGCAUAUUAAUCCAGGGGGGAGGAGGGUGAGUUCUGAAAUUACUAUAAACUAGCAAUCUGAAUUUCUGUAGUAAAACUUAUCUGUUAUCAGGGGAACUGCCACCCUUUUUAAACCAAAGAAUGAAAAGAACGUAAUAGUUUUGUUCUGAUACAGAGCUUUGAAACUCUAUUUUUGAUAUUCAUAAUGGAUGUCAUUCCUUGAGGUUUGGAAAUCGUUCAAAUUGAAGUUUUAUAUUUAAAAAUGUGGGACAAUAAAGAUUAAGUUCUAGAUGUUUACAGAGCCUUGUAUUGUAAUUUCAUGUACAUUUUGUAUUUUAAACUUUUUUGUAAGUUAUGAUUGCAGUGCUACUUGCAGAAAUAAAGGGAAAAACUUGCAUUUAGGCUCUUAAAUCGUAGUGUUCAAAUAAAUAAAUAUAAUGGAAA